CUUUUUCUAGCACGUCACUCAAGGAAACAUGGCGGCGCAUGUUACCAGAGCUGUGAGACGACUUGUUCCCCAUGAGAGCGGUUGGCUCCUGCCUGCAGCCUGGCAGUUGUAUACCAAGGGAUGGCGUCAUCACCAUCACUCUGCAGGCCCCUCGCUGCGCUACAUACCCCGCAGGGCAGUUCUCUACUGCCCUGGCAAUGAUGAGCGAAAAUUGAGGAAACUAGCUUCACUGGAUGUCGACUGUGCUGUCUUGGACUGUGAGGAUGGUGUAGCCCUCAGCAAAAAGACAGAGGCCAGGGAGACCAUUCCCAGGAUGUUGGCAGAACUGGACCUGGGCCGGACAGAGAAGUGUGUGAGGGUGAACUCGGUGUCCAGUGGCUUAGCUGAAGCUGACCUACAAGUCAUCCUGGAGGCUGAGGUUCUCCCUCCUGCGAUAAUGUUGCCCAAAGUGGAGGACACACAGGAGGUGCAGUGGUUUGUUGACAGGUUUCAGCACAACUUGAAAGGACGGGCACUGACAGAACCCAUUCGCCUGGUCACCUUUGUGGAAACUGCUGUGGGCCUGCUUAAUUUUAAGGUGGUCUGUGAGGAAAUCCGUCGCCUUGCUCCCAAGGCUGGUCUUCAUCAUGACGGCGUGGUGUUUGGCUCUGAUGACUUCUGUGCAAGCAUAGGUGCCACACGGACUAAGGAUGCCAGGGAGCUCCUUUAUGCAAGGCAGAAGGUGGUUGUGACCACCAAAGCAUUUGGGCUACAGGCUAUCGACCUGGUCCACAUCGACUACAAAGAUACGGAGGGGCUGAGGCAACAGGCCCGAGAGGGAGCUCUCAUGGGCUUCACAGGUAAGCAGGUUAUCCACCCAGGGCAGAUCCAGGUUGUGCAGGAAGAGUUCUCCCCCAGUCAGCAGAGGGUCCAGUGGGCGAAAGAGCUCAUCGCUGCUUUUGACCAAUAUCAAAAGGAGGGAAAGGGUGCGUUCACCUUCCGCGGCAGCAUGAUUGACAUGCCCUCGCUGAAGCAGGCGCAGAACAUCCUAACACUCUCCGCCACGGUGCCGGAGAAGUAACACGACUGGAAAACGGGAGGAGCCGCACGCCUAAACCCUGACAGGAAAGGUCAAAGGAAACUGGAAAAUGUUGCAGGUCUCAUGACAGAAACAGCACAUCAGAAACUUGUUGUCACGUUUCCUGACAUAAGCGGACAGUGGGAAUUGUGGUUUUAAUUUAAGUUUUUAAAAAAAAAAAAGUCUUGAAAUGUUUUGUUGAUUAAAUUAACUUGAUUGAGUGAAGUUUCGCUCUCGCUGCUGUGGUCUAAUUUACAUUUGGACUAUCACCUAUAAUGCACUGAACAAUAUCAAUUCUGCACGUAUCUGCCUCUUGAAACUGAAACUGUUGAGGAUUAUUGCCCUGUGUGGGCGCUUUCUUGGCACGCUUUGCAGUGCAUGCUCCAUCAUGUCAGUCUCAUGUGCCCAUGCCCUCCCGUCUCUCCUAGGUCAUGAUGAAUGCUCUCCCAUCUCCACGGUCCAGACAGCUGGGCAAAAGGGUAAACAAACACAACAAGCCACUGUUGUGGAUCUAUUCAUCGGGCCCCAGUCUUCCAGUCAGGCCUCAGCCCCCUACCCAGGGCCUGACUCACAAACAUCCAACUUCUUCUCGCUAAAAAGAAACACACAGAUGGAAGAGCGUAAACUCACAAUUUAGCUUUUUGUGUGCGAGUCUCCUUAGUAAAGACAUGCAGCUCACUCUUUGGCAGCUGGGAUCCUGCGGUCUUGAUGAGGAAGGCGUGUGGCGUCAGACACACCAUGACCUGUAUGAAACAUAGACGCAUGCUGCAGGUAUUCUCUAUCAUAUAUCUCAUUUAACACUAAGAGUUUAUUUUUUUAGUACACCUGUUAUAUAUCAGCAUCUCCAAAAACAAUUUCAGUAUCCACAGUUGUUAAACGGUUACAUUUU